UAAUGUCUUUUGUAAUGCUUGUAAUGCAUCACCCCAACACUGUUAUGGCACUGACAGUGCGACAGUUCAGUGUUCAGACUUUUGGUAAACAUUAAAGCAUAUUAUGUUUUUGACUAUCACGUGGAGGACACCUAGGUAAUGCCAUAUUGUAGUUUAUUUUUUAAGUAACUUUUCCGGUCACUGGGUGAAUGCUGCUGUUGUUUGUGAGAGAAAUCAGAGAUCUUCCCACCCAUUCAGAGAUGAUUGUUGUCAGCUCUCUGCACUUCUCAGUCUACUAACUAGUAGACAGGGAGGAGGAGGAGGAGAGCUUUGGUCAUGGACCCUGUGUUACGGACUCUGGAGAUGCUGGGUGUGUUUUUCUCGCUGUCCGCCUGCUUGUGUUCGCUGGUCACCCUCAUGAUGCCGCAAUGGCUCACACUUUCCACCGAGCUCCUGCCCACCGAGAGCUUCCAGCUGGGAUUGUGGGAAACCUGCGUGGUUCAGGAUCUGGGGAUGACCGAGUGCAUGCCAUACAACACUCUUCUGGGUCUGCCACCGGACAUCCGGCUGGCACGAAUCCUGAUGUGCACCACUGUGGCGACGGGUUUGAUCGGCGGGUUAUUCGCCAUCCCGGGCAUCAACCUGGUGAACAGCUGCAGAUGCACGGAGAGCGUCAAAGCCAGAAGGACCUUGAAGAUGCUCGGCGGGAUCUUCUGCAUCGUCGCUGGUGUCCUCGGUCUCGUGCCGGUCUCGUAUGUGGCACAUCUGACGGUUCUCCGGUUCUUCGACGAAAGCGUGCCAAGCGUGGUUCCUCGGUGGGAGUUCGGAGAUGGGCUUUUCCUCGGAUGGACGGCUGGGGUUUUGCAUUUGGUGGCUGGUUUCUUAUUGGUCACUUCUUGUUUGUUUAUGCAAGACGAAACGUGUUCGCUAGACCAAUCCUUAGCGCUACACAGAGCUCAGAUGACGCGUCCAGAACGCUCUCCACACGGGAGAACAGAAUAUGUGUGAGAUUUUUGAGAAAUGCACUUAUCGGUUGCACUUUGCACUGAGAUUAUCAUAUAUAUAUUCAAAGAUUGUAAAUAGAACGCUGCUGUUUUCUGUUGUCGGGAAGAUUAGAUUUCAUAUUUUUUUGAUUGCAAAUCAUUUUGUGAAUCAUUUUAUAAGCUCAAACCCAAAUCUGCAUGUGAAUGUAAUUCUAAUGAAACCACACAGUUUGGUAAUAGUGGAAAUAAAUGAUGCAAACUUUCAGAGAAAAUGCAACUUAGGUUUUCAAGACAACAUAUGAGAGGCAUUUUUAUGCUAAUUAUCCAAAUCAUAUUGGAAAACCGAUGCAAGAGUUUUUAUGUUUUAGAGAGAGUGGUUGAAUGACAGGAAGAUGAUAUUGUGUUCUCUGAAAUGUCAAAAUACUAAAGUUGAUGAUCAGUCAAUAAAUCAGCUGAA